AUGACCAAAACAAAGGAGGUUGAUGUGCAUAGCUCCGCGGCUCAGCCCUUCUUCGCCUCAGCCAAGGAACGAAGGCUCCACCAGCGGGGGAAGAUGGACACCGAAGGCUCCGAGGCGAAAAUUACGCACGGCGCGGCACCUGGGAAGAAGAAGGGGGCCAACCGCGCGCCUUCCCCGGCUCGCCCCAAAGACGUGCCCGGCUGGUCGUUCACAAAAACACGCGGAGGCUUAUCAGGGACCCCCUCUCUAAGCGUCAAACCUGGAGGGAUCCAUCUGGGCAGCCGCGUUUCACGGAGAAGCCCCAGUUUGGCGAGUGGUGGGAAGGAUGGAGCUGGCAAGGCGGCCGGUAAGCACGCAUCAUCCACGGGGAAAGGGGCCAAAGGCAACGCGAGGAGGAAGAUCUCAGACGCCAGUACUGGGUCCGAAGACUUGUCCAGGGACUCCGGGUGUGCCCAGGAAAAGCUCUCCCCCACCACGGACAGCAGUUCAGAGCUGUCCGAUUGCGCGUCGGAUGAAAACAAAGUCUCCACGGACGCGUUCAGCAGUGACACCGAGUCCAGGAGCAGUCGCGGGGGCAUGGAUGGCGAGCACAAACCGGUGGAUAAAAGUCGAAAUUCUGUGACAUCUGCUGGGAACCUGAGAAUUCUUCCCGUGUCUAUCAGCGGUGAGUUUGUGGGUGAUCACAACAACAAGGAGCGCCGGUUCACGCUGGGGGCGGAGGCCGGGGAAGGAAGCGUGUCUCCCGGGGAUGAGAAGUCCCUGACGUCGUACGAUAGCCGGGUGCCUGCCUCCACCUCGCUGGCCUUCUCGGACCUGACAGAGGAGCUCAUGGACAGCGUGCAUGAAGAAUAUGCACGGGAGAUUGAGGAGCUACGGUCUGAAAACGACUACCUCAAAGAUGAGAUGGAGGAGCUGAGGUCGGAGAUGCUGGAGAUGAGAGACAUGUACCUGGAGGAAGACGUUUACCAGCUCCAGGACAUCCGACAGCAGCUGGAACAGGCAAACAAGACGUGCCGUAUCCUGCAGUACCGCCUCCGGAAGGCAGAGCGGCGAUCUUUACGAGUGGCUCAAACCGGACAAGUGGACGGAGAACUGAUCCGGACGCUGGAGCAGGACCUAAAGGUGGCGAAGGACGUCUCCAUUCGCCUGCACAGCCAGCUGGACGGAGGGGAGAAGAAGCGCUCUCGUCUGGAGGAGGAGAACGAGGAGCUGAGGAACAAAUUGCAAGAUCUGGAAGUGGCCAAACAGGUGCUGCAGCAGGAGAUGGACAAGAGUUCCCAGAAGAAAAGAGGAGCCCGAGCCAACAACAAAGCAGAGAAGAAGCCGUGUCCACAGGAGGACAACUCAGACCUGAAAUGCCAGUUGCACUUUGCCAAAGAGGAGUCGGCACUGAUGUGUAAGAAGCUUUCCAAACUGGUGAAGGAGAGCGAGGCCAUGAAGGAGGAGCUGUCCAAGUUUCGCUCUGUGUACGGAGACGUGGACGCUAACAUCACCGUGGAGGAGGUGGCAGACUCGCCGCACACACGGGAGGCAGAGGUGCGCGUUCACCUGAAGCUGGUGGAGGACGAGGCCAACCUUCUGAGUCGUCGCAUCGUGGAGCUGGAGGUGGAGAACCGCGGCCUCCGAGCAGAGAUGGACGACAUGAAGGGGCCUCACGACAUCUCCCCGGACCUGGCCGGUGUGGGAGGCAGCUUCAGCCCUGGCCUCGGGGGCGGAGCCAUGGUUCUCGGGGGCGCGGCGUCGUCUGAGAACGUGAUGGAGCUACAGCGCCACCUGCAGUUCGUGGAGGAGGAGGCGGAGCUCUUGCGGCGCUCGCUGACGGAGAUGGAGGAGCAGAACAAGCUCCUCAUGAACGAGAUCAACCGUUACAAGUCCGAGUUCCCGCCCUCUCUCUCGUCCAAUUCGCUGGCCUCUUUGACGGACGGCUUACUCGACAGUCCGGUGCAGUCCAUACAAGAAGGUGCGGUGCUCAUAAACGUGAACGCCCCGUCGCAUGAGGAGGAGCUGCGUGUGGCGCGGCUGCAGAUGGGCGAGCUGAGCGGGAAGCUGAAGAAGCUGCAGUACGAGAACCGAGUGCUGCUGUCCAACCUGCAGAGGUGUGACCUGGCCUCCUACAACACCGCCUCCUCCAGCACCAGGCUCGACCUGGACACUGACGCCGAGGCUGGAGACUCCGCUGAAUGCCUGCCCAGCCCGCCGUCUCGCCGCGAGCCUGUAGGGGGCGAGACAGACCCCGCCGAUGUGAAAGAGCACCGACGAAAGAGUGAAGAGGCAGCGGACUUGUCUCCUCUGGUGCAAAAGGACUGUGACGCUCUGCUGUCCAUGAGGGACCAGGCCCGGCUCGUCUCCACUGCCAUCCAGCUCCUGGUGUCCCCCGAGUCUAGCUCCCUCUACCACAAGGUCUGCACCCACGAGAGCGCGGCCAAUCAGGAAGAGGCAGCCGAGUCACGUGACCAGGAUAAAUCUCAGAGUAACAACAGCCAGAUCUUGGAGCUGUCUGACCUCUCGGACCGGCCCCUGGUGGGAGCCCUGACCAGCCGGCUCCAGGCGCUUCACUCCCAGCUGCAGGCCUUUGUGGAGCGGGUGGACGGGCUGAGCAGAGUGCCCCCUUGUGGAUCAAACAGGACCGUCCCACCAGAGGACACGGCUCUGGCCGCUGCAGUCUGCUCCGAGGCAGACACACAUAAGCAGCCUGACUCUAGGGACCAAUCAGAGGUGGAGGGCAGAGCUCAGCCGCCGGAGAGCAGCCAAUCAGAGAACACAGAGGAUUCACGACCGGAGCCACAGAACGCACUGUGUGCAGAUCUUCAAACACAGUUGUUCCAAACGCAGGAGGAGCUGGAGAAGGAGAAGCAAUGUCACGACACACUCUCUCACAGAAUCACACAGUUGCAGGAGGAGCAGCACAAGGCCCUGGUGCGCAGAGACUUCCAGCUGCAGAGCGUGGGGCUGCAGGCUCGGCUGCAUCAGAAGCUCUGGACUCAGGAGAGGAGCCUCCUGCUGCAGGAGUCCCAGCACCUGAAGCACACGCUGCUGCUGCUCAGUCUGAAGCUGCGCUGCCUCCUCAAGCAGUGGAGGCUGCAGGGAGGCGUCCAGGGAAAGGACGUGCUGGAGAUCAACAGCCUGAAGGACCUCUAUCUUCUGUUGGACGAAGAAAAGCGUAGCCCGUCUCACCAGGCUGCGGACGCACACCCGCCCAGUCCCACCAUCAAAUCCAGCGCCGUCAGCAGUACUCUGGCCGACCUGCGGGUGGCGCUGCAGGAGCUGAGCGCAGAGUUGCAGCAGGAGAGACAGGGAUCCCAGGAGCUGACGCAGCAGUUUGCUAAAGCCAAGGCAUCGUGGGAAGUGGAGCGGGCAGAGCUGAAGAAUAUGAUCUUACAGUUGGAGACUAAAGGCGGUAAACCUGUGAGCUCUGCGGAUGCUGUGGAAGCCACUGACCUGAAGGUGGCGCUGAAGAAGGAGCGUGAAGAGCACCAGCACCUGUUAGCCGAGUCUUACGCUGCAGUCAUGGACCUGACCAAACAGUUGCAGAUUGGGGAAAGGAACUGGGGACGGGAGAAGCUGGACCUGCUGGAGAGAUUCAGUGCAGAGAGAGUCCAGUGGGAACAGAGACUCAGGGAGGCCACUGCACACAGCAAGUCUGCGGAUGCUUUGAUCACGAAUGGCUCUGUGUCACCAAGGACCAAAUCCACAGCAGACCUGGACUUGAACGGCGCCGCAGAGCAGUUGGGCAAAAUGUCUCUCAUGAUUCGUCCAGAGCCCUAUGACAUCACCAGGAAGAACUGGACCAAUCUGACCAAUGAGACGCCAGAAGGGGGCGACACCUGCAAGACCUGGGACGGCUCCAGUCUGAACUCGGACCAGGACUUGGACUCGGCUCCGAGAAGCUACACGGCCCCAGACCGCACCGGCAUCCGCAUUUACUACAGCCCCCCCACCGUCCGCCGAAUGGAACAGCUCCGGAGCCGGCAGGGGCCCUCGGAACCGCCUCAGCCCCAGAAUGGAUGCUCCUCUCUGGAUUCCCCCGUGACCUCUGGAGGCCCGGAUGUCACUGGAGCUUCUUGGUCGUACGAGCAGUGGCUGAGCUCGUUGUCGGCCCAGCACAGGGAGCUGUUGGAGUGCAGAGCGGUGCCGGUGCUGAGCAGGCUGCCUCCGUCCCCGUUCUCGGAUUUCCAGAUGGGAGAGAUCUCGGCAAAUCUGAGCGACGACAUGAAGGAGAUGACAAACUGUGUGCGGCAGGCCAUCCGCUCGUCUUCUCUGGAGAGGAAGUCCAGCAAGGAUCCAGGAAGUCCGGUGAUGGGCACAUUGUCGCGCUCCACCCAGACCUCGCUGCUGUGCAUCAGUGUGGCUCUGCAGACGGACUCCCCUCCCAUCACCACCUCCAGGCCUCUCCCUUCCAAGGCCUGGUCCCCUCGCCCCAGCGGCUCCACCACUCACCCGCUGGCCUCCGCUCGAUCCAGACACAUCUCCACGUCUCUGGACAAGGUUCACGGACGCAUCGACCGGCCCUGCUGCUCGCCCAAGUACGGCUCUCCCAAACUGCAACGCCGCGUCUCUGCAGGAUCAACGUCUCGCCUGGACACGUCCUCCUCGUCCCGGGACAGGAGUGUGUGGAGUCUGCAGCAGAGGCCUGGAGGUUCGGCCUGGGCUCGCUCCACCACGACUCGGGACAGUCCUGUGCUGAGCGGGCUGACCGACGGCCUGUCCAGCCUCUUCAGUGUGGUGGAGCACGCGGGGAGCACCGAGAGCCUGUGGAGAGGAGAGCCAGUGAGUCCGGCUCGUCAGCCUUUUGUCACGGGGAGAACUUCCUCCGAGCGCUACGGGGGUUUCCAGGACCUCUGCAGCCGAGCCCAGGCGGGAGUGUCUGUGGCAGGGGAGCGGCCCCCACGAGAGGCCCUGUUGGGGGUGGAUGAAGCCAAACCCGAGUGCCUCUCAGUGGGGGCCUGCCCGGGGGCACUGGUCGGACUCGGGGUGACUCAGGACCCGGUCACACGCAUCGUCAACAAAAGGUUCAUGAGGCAGACGGCCGGAGAGGAGAUCAGCUGCAUCAUGGGAGGAGGCGUUGGGACUGAGGAAUCUGUGUGUGACUGCGGCUUCUCCCGACCGUCGAGAUCCAGUGGACGUCAUUCUCUGGGUCAAUGCAAGCACCGGACCCAAGAGCCCGCCGCCUCCACCCCCAGCACAUGUGCAGAGGAGCGGGGCGAGGGCUCCGUCGAGUGA